AUGCAGCGCUCGCAAGCUUUAUCCAAGAGAAACCUUCGGUUCCCUCGUGGACAAGGUCUGCUUAAAGUAUUCGAAACCUUGGACAGCUGUGUGCUUGAUGAGCAGCUUGCAACGUUCCUCGAGCCACCCUUAAAGUUCUGCCGCGGAUGCUCAAACGUUGUGGUCAAGGUCGUUGACCAACACACAGGCAAGGCAGAGGCUUUAUGGCUCAGACGGCCUUCUCCGUUCGAAGGUAUUCAGGUGAAGUCUCGAAACGUUUUUGAGCUGGGCGUUAACGAGGUGAGUGUUUUCGAGCUGUGCCCGCUCAGGGGAAGUAGUGCUACCGGUACCGACUCCGACUUCUUUUACGCGGCCACGAUUGGGAGGCCGGCACACAACGCCCGCAGCCGUGACCCAGUGCGAAGAGACUAUGAGCUGCGCGUGCUGGAGGUGCGACUCGAACAAGAGCCCCGUCGGAGUGUCGGAACAGAAUCUGUGACCAGUGCUACUGAAACAACAGCUGGCCUGCGAACCCGGCUCGUAUCGUCGAUAUCUUUGUCCGCCUCAGCGGGUUACGGUGCUCCAGUGAGCAUGACACUGCAUCACGGAAUGCAGGGAGCAUUGGUGAGCUUUGAGAGUGGGGAUGUGCUCGUUAUGAUUGGUGAAUUCCUCAACUCUAGUGAGCUGAACCAGGUCAUGCUGCACGUCACAGAUACGCCGCCUAGUUUUACGGCUUUCUUCGGCAUGAGGCGCUUAGUGUUCGGCACCGAAAGUGCACUGCUGUGCGUGAGAACUUCCGAGCUGUUUGCCAGUGGCACUAGCGAUACCCUUACAGACCAGAAUCAAAAUCAUUCUUGGAAAUGUUCUGCGAGCUCGCCUUUCCAUGUCACGGAAGAACGACCCUGCUCGGCUCUCGUCACACCUGUUGAUUGUAGUACAGCUCUGGAUCGUGACACGACGUCGAAUGCUCUCCCACCGUUUCUCGUAUACCGGCGGGAUCCGUCCGUGCAGUUGUACCAUCUUGAUUCUUGCUUCUACCUGAGCGCUGUGAGCGGACAUGAUCCGGUAUCGAUUGAAAGUCUGCCUGACGGAUCGGUUGUACAGCAGCUUGUCGUGAAUCCGAGAGUUCCCGAGCAUCCGACAGAGGGCGUCUCGAAUAGAGCCUCCGAUGCAGGCUGCGAACCUCGGCCAGCGGGAGGCGCAUCCGAAGAGAGCGCGUCAGAACCGACGUGGACAGUGCUCAGCCUUUUCAAUGGUAGUGUCGUGAUUGUUUCCGAGACGCUGCGGAAUCAAUUGUGUAUUCUUCUGCGGCGACCGCUGUUUAACGUUGCGCGGGAAGCGCUGACGAUCGGACGCUAUUCGCUUGCCCUUCGACUAUGUUACGAUGCAGAAAUCAUGAAGUAUCCGGAGAGUCCGACGCUCAUGGAACUCAGAUCUCGUGCAUUCAAUGGCUUCCGCCAUCAGAUCGCUAAACAGUGCAAGGAUGACCUUGUGUUUUGCGCGUACAUGGAAGAUCUUUGUGGAGUGCAUCAGAACUGGAUCACUCGGGUUCUCGCGAACUGUUCUGAUCCAGGAAUACCGAAGUUACUGAUAGAACGAUACGAAAGCUUUCUGGACUAUUCUGUGGAUUUGAUUGGCCCUGAAAAACGCGAGGCGUGUGCUGAAGGAGGCGUUCACUGUCCUGAGGAAUUCGGGGAUCUUGGUAGCCCAGAGCACACCAUGCAUUCCGCGGCAGAAACGCCUAGGAAAGAAACAUUCUGCGGCCAGUUAGAGCAUAUGUCCAGGACUCCAGAAAGUUGUAGAAAAACGAAAGCCAAAGGCAAAGCUAACGAUCUUGACACAUUAGGGAAAGCGCAUACUAGCCACGUACUCGAUAUGCAUGAAAAUACGCAAGCAGAUCGCGCAUCAGCGCAUCAAGAAGCGCUGCAACCUGCCCUAGCGGGAUGCGCACCAGAGAGCGUUUCUCAUCUUCCUGGAAAGAGGGAUCAAGUUUGGUGCUCUCUGGAGCUCACGAACAUACCGAAUGAUAUCCGCGAUCCCGUGGGGAGCCUUCAGAACAUAUUUGACAGAGAUCUACGCUUGGUGCUCUCAGAUACUGCUGAUGCAACAGAGCGAUCCAGGAAGCUCAUAGACUACAUCACAUCGCAGAGGGUUGCGAGGAUACUCGCGAAAUGCCCAGAAGCUUUGACGCCGCUUCAGUGCGCUGCUAUUCGCCAUGUUGUCUUCAGUGGCGAGUACGCAGUAUGUAUCCUAGAAGCAGUGUUUCGCCUUUUGACCUUCUGCGGCAACGAGGUCCUCCGGAAAGAUACCAGCCUCAUUCAGGUGCUGCUCGAGCAGCUUCAGAACCCGCAAGACCUGGAACGGAUCCUGGAAUUUGCUGAGCUUUAUGACUUGAGUUCGAUGACAGAGCGCCUCUAUCGAAGACUGAAACGCUGGGAUGAGCUCGCCAUUUUCUUGCAGAAUCGCGGAAGGUGUGAGGAUCUCUUGCAUUUAUGUUCAGAAAUCGACAUAGCUGAGAGUCAUUUGUGGGAGCACGGCCUUGUAUGCGCUCUUGGGGAAUUCCUGAGCUCGUUACGCGAAGUUGAAUUCCCAGUGGCACUUGGAUAUGCACAAGGAACGCGCGAACCCGCAGAAACGAGCCCGAAACGUUGGGCGCCUAGCUACUUGAAGCCAGGGGCGUCCCUUCACUCUGUGGUACAAUGGUUGCGACGACACCGUAUAGUAUCGACAGCAGCACUCCCUAUCAUGUGCGAACGAUUAUGCUUGUUGGAGGCUGGACCCUGCGACGAUAGACUCACUAUAUCACGUCGUGUCACCCAAGCUAUACGAGCUGAAAUUCAUGCGGAGGAGCGUCGAUUCAUACAAGAGUUGUACGAGAGCAUUUUCUCCACGCCUCGACAGAUACCGUUAUCGUUGUAA